GCGUGAAAAAAACCGUAUCAGCGGGACAACUCUUACCCAUGGCCAGACUAUGACCAUGGAUGUGAAAUGUAUAGCUAAUAGCAAAGAUGCUAGUGUUACUGUUCGCUGUGACAACAAGAAUGUUUGGAUUGACGGCCUUCAUGAGGCCUGUACAAUAGUCAAACAAUGUCAAGCUUACCAAAUGCAUGGCUUGAAUCUGCUAGCUACCUCAGUGGGAAGGAGCACUACCCUUAAAUGCCAGGAUGGCUAUAGACUGAACCCAAGUGCGAAGCAGCGUUAUAGUACUCAAGGCACUACAGCAACUAUCCUAUGUACAAGUGAUGAUGCGAAUUACAAUGGCUUCGAUGUUCUGGGGAAAUUGUGUUUAGAAGGUUCCCAGGAUUCCACGUGUCCCAACACAACUGUUUCCAACGGAUACCUUCCGGAGAGUACUUACGGUAGCAGUGUGAACGCUUCUUGCAAUGGCAACUUUGUUUCCACUGGAAAGACAGCAUCUUGCAUAGAGAAUAGGGGAUGGGUCUAUGACUCAAAGAAGACUCAUUUGGCUGAUUGCCAAGUCCAAUGCUCUGCAAAGGGUGUCUUCCCCCAAAUGUUCGCGGGAGGCCCUGGUCAGACUCCUAAAUGUAAAGGAAAGCUGGAGCCUGUUCCCAACGUUACGGUCCAUUGCCGAUAUCUCUCUGGCUCACCACCUUCCGGUCAUCACUAUCUCGCUCAUAAUACAAGAGGAGUGUAUUACGGCAACCCUUGCACCAGACCCAACCACUGUCCUGAAGAAAGUUUUCAUAAUGGACAUCUCCCAAUGACUCCUAAAGAAACCAACGCUACUGCUACUUGCAGUGAUGGAUUUGCUCCCACCGGAAGAAAGGCCUACUGCAACUCACAACAGCGCUGGGAUUAUGUCGGUGUUACUUUGUGCGGAGUCCAAUGCUCUGCCGACGGUGUCUUCCCCCAAAUGUUCGCGGGAGGCCCCGGUCAGACUCCUAAAUGUGAAGGAAAGCUUGAGCCUGUUCCCAACGUUGCAAUCCAUUGCGAAUAUGUCCGUGGCUCACCACCUUCCGGUCGUCACUAUCUCACUCUUAAUACAGGAGGCAUCAACGGUAUCAAACGGUAUCAAGGCAGCCCUUGCUUCAAACCCAACCACUGUCCUGAAGAAAGUUUUCAUAAUGGACAUCUCCCAAUGACUCCUAAAGAAACCAACGCUACUGCUACUUGCAGUGAUGGAUUUGCUCCCACCGGAAGAAAGGCCUACUGCAACUCACAACAGCGCUGGGAUUAUGUCGGUGUUACUUUGUGCGGAGCCAUAUGCGGUGCCACAAAGGUAUAUCCUGCAAUGGUGGAGGGACAGACAGAGGCUCCUAUCUGUGGAGAUGACAUACCUGUUCGAGACAUUAAAGUCCAAUGCAACAGGUGGGGACAACACAUUAUCAAGAAACUCGGCAGGUCGUAUAAAGGCCCGGCUUGCAAAAAAGCAACCGAGACUGAGGAAUUUGAAUUGGAUACUAUAGGUUAUGGAGUAUACAUGUCAACAGUCUUCCUUGCUCAAGGAACACCUAGCAAUACGUCUGCAGCUAGGAACAGCAACUUGUGCAAAGGAAAAAAAACAACCCUUUUUGAGAUCGAAUGGUACAACCAUUGGUCUAAUAUGUCAGAUCCUGUUAACAAAUAUCUGGAUGGCCAUCUACAAGCGAUAAACAAAGACUAUAUCAUCCUACCUGUGCACUAUUCCUGGCGUCUUCACCAAGGACAACCACCCUACAAUGGGUGGGCCAAGUACUCGACGACCCGUGCCCUUGAAGAGCUUGAUGGUCUGCCCGCCGGAGCUCAGAUCACCGUCGUCUGCUCAACUAUAAGGGAGAAGUAAUUCAGCACCAUAUCAAGACCCGCUCUGAAGGAGGUACACAACCACAAGCGUACUGGGCGUGUGUGUGUGUGUGUGUGUGUGUGUGUGUGUGUGUGUGUGUGCGUGUGUUGCAGCCAUCCCAGCGUCUGUCUCUCUCUCUCUCUCUCUCUCUCUCUCUAUGUACAUUAACUAGCUAAAUGGUCUCGGUCAGAGCGAGGUGUUCACCCGGUCCUAGCUCAGGGUGAUACUGCCAAAAGUGUGUGCGGUAUCGCAAUACUCAUACUUUACAUUCUACAGUAGAGAGCCCUUGUGCCGCGUGCGCUUAGAUUCUUGCUUGCUUCAUGGCGUAUAUGGACACCUUUCUGCCCCCCCCCCUCUCUCUAUUCUCUCACACCGCUCACCAAUGGAAACAGCUGUUGCAGUUGUGUCAUAUUGUGCACACGGUUUCUGACCGUGACCUGUUGACUAGCCGUUUAGUUUGUUUGCAUCUCUUCUUCUCCUUUCUUCCCCUUGCCAGCCUGCCCGCUGUCUCAUAAGUACCUAUGGUGGUUUGCGGGUGCUCUGCGUGGCUCCAUUUCCAAUGCUCUGUUCUUUUUGUCCGUCAUCAAGUUGAAAAUGAUGAGAACUCGUGCUCGCCUCAGUUUGGGGGUCGCUUGUUCGCAAAUCA